AAUUCAAAAUUGUAUUCCGUUAAAAACUUUUCGAACUUCUUUUCGAUACGAUUCACUAAAUUCGUAAAAAAUUUGUAAAAAAAUUAUACCAUUUUAAUAGUUAUAGUAUUUAACACUGACAAUGGCGAGUAGUAAAAUCUGGAAAACGGUUAUGGGAGCAUUUGUGAAAAAAGCAGUAUCACCAGCUAAUAAGGGAAAAGCAACAGAAACUCAAUCGCAGGAAGCAAAAUCUCAAAUGUCGAUUACGAAACUUAAUGCUUUAAGAAAUAAAAACGAGGCUGCACAAACCACCCAAGCAGAAGCACAACGUCUCGAUGAUGUGUACUUUCAGAAUAUAAAUGUGUCAAAGAAAACAGCUGGUCAAACAGUUGCAGAGUACACCGAAGCCGAACGUUUAAAGCAUGAGUCAACAGAUAGUAAUUACUCUUCAAACAAAAUGCCGAAUUAUUCUAAACCACAAUCCACUACUAAGUAUAGAGGUUCCAGACGAAGGAGUAUAUCCGUAAAAUAUUCAGCCAAUAUGAAUGCUCCUUUUACGCCUGGACCUCGUAAACGUUGUUCCAUAUGUGAAGAUAGAGCUCCUAAGAAACCAAAUGUAAAAAUUGAAACCAAAGAUGAAGAUGAAAACUAGAAAAAUAGUCCUGGUUUUCCUCUAAAAAGGAAGACACAAACACAUACAAUUCAACACCCAGCGAUGAGAUACUAAACUAAUUCCUCUGGAGUGUUCCACAUAUUUUAAAAAUGGGCUCUUUUUAAAUCCUCUCGAAUACAUAAAACUUGUUAUUCAUUUGAAGGUCU